AGAAGUGUGAUUGGUUAGUAUGAGGGUAAGAAUAUCAGGGUCAGCCAAUCAGAGGCAGAGUAGAGUGGGCACAAAGGCGAAGGCAAGUUUUUCACUUUUGCUGUGCGCGCUCCCGCGAGGUGCAUGCGCUUGUCGGCGGGCAGACAGAAGUCUGCAUAACACCGGUCAGCAGGGAUCAUCAGUCAUGAGCUGAACGGCUGCAAAACGGUGAUCAGGACUCGGCUGAAGAUGUUCUUCUAACCAUGAUGUGACUUUGACUAAAGGUUUUGAAAUCCUAUAAGUCAUGUCUUUUUGGGAAUUCCUAGCUGGGAGCAUCUCAGGUGCUGUGGGUUUGGCUGUUGGACAUCCAUUGGACACUGUGAAGGUGCGUCUGCAGGCUCAGAGUGUGUAUAAAGGGAUAUUUCACUGUGUGGCUAAAACAUACGCUCAUGAAGGGCUCCAUGGAUUCUUCAAGGGCAUGGCGUUCCCGAUGCUAACCACAGGCCUCGUCAGCUCCGUUGUGUUUGGCUCUUACAGUAAUGCUUUAGAUUACCUCACUCAGUCUCAGCGCAGUGACCGCAGCCAAGGCAAACCGGCCUCGGCUGCACACGUCUUCACUGCCGGCUGCUUCUCGGGCCUGGUGCAGGUUUUUGUUUGUGCACCCAUUGACCUGGUGAAGGUGCGUCUGCAGGGUCAAACCACCGCUACCCGAUACCGCGGACCUGUUCACUGUGUUGCUGUCAUCCUAAAGGAGGAGGGACCCAGGGGCCUCUUCAGAGGAGGGCUGGCCCUCGCACUGAGGGACAUCCCCUGCUAUGGACUCUACUUUUUGCCUUACGAGCUCACUCGUAAAGCUCUGACCGAGAGUGGCAAGCAGCCAGGUACAUUCGCAAUCUUGAUGGCAGGUGGUGUUGCGGGCGUGGUCACCUGGGCCUUCGCCACGCCCAUGGAUGUCAUGAAAGCCCGGCUCCAGAUGUCAGGGGCCGGGGGCCGGGAGUACAGCGGGGUCCUCCACUGCAUGAGAGUGAGCGUCAGAGAGGAAGGAGUGAGGGUCUUUUUCAAAGGCCUCCUACUGAACAGCGUGAGAGCUUUUCCCGUCAAUGCUGUCACCUUCCUCGCCUACGAGAGUCUGAUGAAGAUUUUCUUUCCGCCGGCAAGAUGACCUCACUCUUGAUGGUGUACAGAUACACUCCUUCCCUGCUAAAAGAAAGAUCUUCCAGUGAUAUGUAGAUUUAGGUCAGACAUUCUCAGGGUUACUAAACGUUAUCAGUUGAAGCUGUCUGGUUUAAACACUUUAAUGAUUAAUACUGAGAUACUGGUUUUGAACUCUUUUAAAUCUGUGGAAUAGGUCAGCUCUCAUCCAGAUAGUGUCAGAAACCUGAACACACUAACUGAACCAUUAAAUCUACAAAGUUCGGCUCCAGCUGAGUCUCCUGUGACUUGAACAGUAUUCUGUGAUAGAGGAUGUUAAGCUGCUCAUGUGUGCUGGGACUCAAAUUCAUUUUACUUGACUAUGUGAAUGUAAAUGUUUGACAACAGCACUGAAUUCUUAAUGUUUUUCACUACAGUCUUUUUUCUAUUGUUAAAGCAUGUUAUUCCUAUGAACUGGACACAAACAGUGAUGGGUUUCCUAAUAAACAAACAAUACAAAGAA